ACUUUAUGGUUGAUUAAUCGUACGUCAACUUAAGGUAGGUAUAAAGUCAGGCAGAACGUCAAGCAGACAUUGCAUUCUGUAUACUAGUUAUAAUAUUGGGAUUUCUUGGCAAGUAUGGCAAAAUAUUACGACACGCGGCACAUGGCACGGGCGUGAUUUUCGAGUAGAUAAGGAACUAGUGUGAGUGUAAGUGUGUGUGGUCGCCCGGGGUUUCGGACAUGGGGUACGUGCUGGACAGCUGCCCCACACUGCACCGCUGCUGCCUGAGCGUGCCGCUGCGGCCUGCAGUGCUGGCGAUCGGGCUGGUGGGCGUGGUGUGGGCGGCGCUGUACGUGUUCGGGUUCACGGGCACCGGCGUGAACUUGCUGGAGGAGCUGGGCGUGCCGCACGACGUGGCAGCUGGCAUGCGGUACGUGCACGGCGUGGCGGGCGUGCUGCUGUGCGCGGCGCACGUGCUGCUGCUGCUGGGCGCGGUGACUGGCAGCGACGCGCUGUGCGAGCUGUACGUGUGGCUGGUGGUGGCGCUGUGGGCGCUGCUGGUGGCGGCGGCCACGGUGCUUGCAGUCGCUGCCGUUCUCGCCGACCAGUUCCUCUUCGCAUGCGUGUCCCUGGCGCUCGUGCUGCUUACUGUGCUCAUAUCGUUUUACUUCGUCAUAGUUGUCGCCAACUAUAGGAUGACGCUGCCGUGACUAUCUUUAUACUAGAGUUAUUUAUUACAAGACAAUUAUUACAAUGUACAUUAUAAAAGCGUGUGUAUUUCUUUAUUCAUAUCCAUCG